ACUAGCCAACCAAUACCACCAAAUGAAAUCAACUUACUAAAACUACUUCAACAUCCUCAACACUAUUCAAGAAACCAUCAUCAGUAUCAUCAUCAACACAACACUAUGCUCUUAGAAGUUCAUCGAAAACUAUUGGCUCGAUCAGAACGUGUAAAGACUGUCGACUUUCAUCCAACCGAACCAUGGCUUUUAUCUGGGCUUUACUCUGGGAAAGUUUUGGUUUGGCAUACUGAAACUGGUGCAUUACUCAAAUCUUUCACUCCUACUGAAGUGCCAGUUCGUUGCGCCAAAUUUAUUGCUCGCAAAAAUUGGUUUGUGUGUGGUUCAGAUGAUUUCCAUCUCCGAGUCUUUAACUACAAUACCUCAGAGCGUGUUUCUGGAUUCGAAGCACAUCCUGAUUACAUUCGAUGUCUGGCAGUACAUCCCACUCAACCUUUUGUACUCACGGGGAGUGAUGAUAUGACCAUCAAACUUUGGGAUUGGGAGAAAUCAUGGAAAUGUAUUCAGGUCUUCGAAGGUCACGCACAUUAUAUCAUGAACUUGGCGUUUAACCCUAAAGACUCCAAUACAUUUGCUUCUUCGUGUCUUGAUCGAACGGUCAAGGUUUGGUCUCUCGGAUCCCAAACUGCAAACUUCACUCUUGAUGCACACGAGAAGGGUGUGAAUUAUGUGGAGUAUUAUCAUGGCGGUGAUAAGCCUUAUAUGGUCACCACUGGUGAUGAUCGUCUAAUCAAGAUCUGGGAUUAUCACUCCAAGUCAUGUAUCCAGACACUCGAAGGUCAUCAAUCUAACGUAUCCUACGCAAUCUUUCAUCCCUCAUUGCCCAUCAUCAUCUCCGGCUCAGAGGAUGGAACAGUCAAGAUAUGGCACGCCUCGACUUAUCGACUUGAGAACACACUUAAUUAUGGACUCGAACGAGCUUGGUGUGUGACUUAUCAUUCUAAGAAAGGUAAUGACCUUGGUCUUGGUUUCGAUGAAGGUUCAGUAGUGAUCAAACUGGGUCGAGAGGAACCUAGUGUCAGUAUGGAUGUGGCUGGUAAAGUAGUCUUUACGAGGAAUGCAGAGGUUCUUACGGCUAACGUUGCAGCGAACCAAGACAACGAAAUUCCUGAUGGACAGAAGUUGAACAUCGCCGUCCGUGAACUUGGGAACACCGAAGUAUUCGCACAAAGUCUUCAACAUUCACCCAAUGGCCGAUUCGUGACCGUCUGUGGCGAUGGCGAGUUUAUUAUCUAUACAGCGCUAGCAUGGCGAAACAAAGCCUUUGGAACUGGAGUAGGAUUUGCUUGGGCAGCCGACUCAAAUACAUACGCGGUUCGAGAAUCGAGUUUUAAGAUCAAAAUUUUCAAAAACUUCAAAGAGAGACCAGGACACGUGAAGAUCAAUUAUUCAACUGAAUUAAUUUUUGGUGGUGCAUUAUUCUGUACUAAAGGAUCAGGAUUUGUUUGCUUUUAUGAUUGGGAAACUGGAAUGUUAGUAAGAAGGAUGGAAGUUGAAGCUAGAGAUGUUUAUUGGUCGAAUUCCGGAAACUUUGUAGCGAUCGCUGGAGAAGAAUCGGUUUAUAUUUUGAGAUUCAACAGAGAUGCUUAUAGUACAUUUUUAGAAGAAGGAGGUGAAGUAGGAGAUGAAGGGGUUGAAGAAGCUUUUGAAUUAUUACACGAGUUGACGGAAGUGGUCAGGACGGGUAAAUGGGUUGGAGAUUGUUUGGUUUAUACUAAUGGGUCGAAUCGAUUGAAUUACGUAGUAGGAGGACAAACUCAUACGAUUAGUCACUUCGAUCAACCUAUGUUUCUAUUAGGUUACCUUCCAAGUCACAAUCGAGUCUAUCUUUGUGAUAAAGAGUGCGCAAUUUAUUCAUUCGGAUUAGCAGUAUCGGUGAUUGAAUAUCAAAUUGCGAUUUUACAUGGAGAUUUGGAAUCAGCUUCGAACUUGUUAGAGUCAGUACCUAUGGAUCAAAGGAAUCGGAUUGGAAGAUUCUUAGAAUCUCAAGAUUUGAAACAAUUAGCUAUGGAAGUUUCAAAUGACCCAGAUCAUAAAUUUGAAUUGGCCAUUCAAUUAGGUAAUUUAGAGUAUGCAUUAGAAUUAGUUAAAGAUUCAAAAGAUUCGGGUGCUCAACCUAAAUGGAGGACGAUUGGUGAAAAGGCUUUGAAUGAUUGGAACGUGACACUUGCAGAAGAAUGUUUUGAUCAUGGAGAUGAUCUUAGUGGGCUUUUAUUGAUUUAUUGUUCAAGUGGUGAUAGGAAUGGAUUGAAAAAAUUAGCCGAACGAGCAGAAAAAAGUGGAGCGAACAAUAUAAGUUUUGCAUGUCAAUUUCAAUUAGGAGAAACCGAAAAAUGUAUAGAAACAUUAUUAAAAACAGGUAGAGAAUCAGAAGCAGGAUUGUUUGCAAGAACAUAUUGUCCUAAAUUGAUACCUAAGGUGAUUAAAGAAUGGAAAAAAUCAUUAGAGAUUAAAGGGAAAAAUAAAUUAGCUGAAAGUUUGGGUGAUCCUGAAAUUAACCCAGAAGGGUUUGAAGAAGGUUGGCCAGUUGAUGAGAUUGAAUUGGUUGAUGGGAUGGAAAAGGUGAAGUUAGAUGAACCAAACAAAGAAGAAGAAGAGGCGGAGGAGGAAGAAAAGGAAGAGGUGAUUGAAACGACAGGAGUCGCAAUAGCUGAUGAUGAUGAUGAUGAUGAAGAAUAAAGGAAUCUAAUGUCUUUGUUUUCUUUCUCCUAGUUUCUUUUUCUUUCUUUUCCAUUUGCGAUUUGUUUUUUAUGUUUAAGAAUUGAGGUGAACUAGCAUCAGGAUGAUUUUUUAGUAAACAAAAAAAAAGAAACUUGAUCAAUUUGAUUGACAAACUAGAUUUGAACUCUUU